AUGGAGACCCUGUUCCUGACCGUUGUGCUGGGUCUGGUCGCUGCCCUGCAGGCCCAGGACCCCCUGUCCUUCACCUCGGAGGAGCAGGAUCUCACAGGGACCUGGUACGUGAAGGCCAUAGUGACUGACUGGGAAGUGCCAGAGGGGAAGAGGCCCAGCAAGAUGUCACCUGUGACAGUGACAGCCCUGGAAGGUGGGGACUUGGAGGCCACAUUCACCGUCAUGAAGGAGGGUCAGUGCCACCAGAAGAAAGUCCUGAUGCAGAAAACCGAGGAGCCGGGCAAAUACAGCACCUGUAGGAGUCCCGACGUGAACCCAGACGCCCUGGAAGAGUUUAAGAAAUUCAUACGGUGCAAGGGAUUCCUGGAGGACAACAUUUUCAUACCCACGUGGAUGG